AUGGGAAGAUCAGCAUGUUGUGAUGAAAAUGGGUUAAAGAAAGGGCCGUGGACAGCAGAAGAAGAUGAAAAGCUGGUGGAGUACAUGGAGAGGUGCGGUGACGAUGGGAAUCAUCAUCGCGGCGGAAUUAGUUGGAGACAAGUGCCAAAGCUUGCAGGUUUGAAGAGGUGUGGAAAGAGCUGCAGGCUACGAUGGACCAACUAUCUGAGGCCUGAUAUCAAGAGGGGAAACUUCUCCCACCAAGAAGAGCAAACCAUCAUCAAUCUCCAUAAACUGCUCGGAAACAAAUGGUCCGAGAUAGCAAGCAACCUUCCGGGAAGGACUGAUAACGAAAUCAAGAACUUCUGGAACACCCAUUUAAAGAAGAAGCUGCUCCAAAUGGGAAUCGACCCCGUCACCCACACACCAAUUUCUGCAACUCAUGAUUAUCUCUCCACCAUAGCUGCUAGUACUAGCUUCAGUCCAUGCGAUUGGGCGCUCCUCCAGUACUUGAACUCCAAAAUCCAAGUGUUGCAAAAUAAUAUACUACAACGGCAAGGACUUCUAAUUAGCAACAACACUGGUCCUAAUGCAUAUGAUCAGUAUCGCUCAUGUAUGCUAGGGAUGGAGAUGGAGGCUGCUGCAGUUAAUUAUUAUAAUAAUUAUGUUUUAGGGUCAUCACCAUCCAGAAGCUGCUCAGUUCCGGACCAACAGCUAGUAUAUCAUCAUGGGCAUGGACUUGGAUAUGAUUAUGAUGAUUUAAAUAGUGCAACCAUGAUGAAUCGUCAUUCUAAUUGUCUCCAAGGUACUUCUUUCGGGACUAGUGAGUAUGAUCAUCAUGAUUCCAAGUUUGCCAUUCCAAAUAUGAAAGUCCCAUCCAGUACUGAUGAUGAUCAUCAUAAGCUGCAGUAUGGUGAGGGUGGUCAUCAUUAUCAUCAAUUGCCUGUUUUGGUUUCAGCAGCCACCUCGGCCUACGUCACUAUCACUCAUGAUACUACUGCUAAUGAUCAAUUUGCUACCCCAAAUAUUCCUCAUAGAUCACCUUUCUAA